AUGGGACCGAAAGGUUGUAGGAUUGGGAGUCGGAUGCGAAUUGUGGCCGUGGACGCGCACAAGGGCGUCGCCGCUCGCGCGCCGACGCGGUCCACACUGUUCGAAUCGGUUGGGACGAGUCUUGUUGGAAUUCCUUCGUCUCCCCCUUUUUUUCCAAACACACCAACCAAAUGUGUGGGAGUCGCGGGACCUCCUCCGCGAGUAAAAUUUCCGGGGACAUUGGAGCGACUCCGUACACGACUGAUGAGUGUACUGCCACUCCCUCCCCCUCUCGCCAAGAGGAUCAUCCCGUAUCCGGGGGGUGGAUGGUUGGCGACGAACGUUGAAUCAUGCCAAACCGAAACGGUUUCCCUCAAAAGUCCAGACACGGGAGCGAGUGUGAGUGGGCGUAUGAAUCUUACACUGGACUACGAAGAGGUUCCCUUUGAUGAAGAGCCGGUUGCGCAGGUACGGUUGUUCAAAGCUUCCACGUCUUUUGUCGGCCAGAAGGCUCCCGCCAAGAGGACCGCGUCGCAAGUGCCACUGUGUUGUACCGUACCCCAGGAGGUCACCGUGGGGAAUUCGCUUGUGAGCAACACAAGCGUUCGCCAAAAAAACGUACGGACCAAGACUCGCAAUAAGACACUCGAUGUAAAGGAACGGGACGAAUUCUCCACCCACUGGGCCUACUCUCCCUAUCCAUGUCCACCACCGGUGUACAAUUCCUCGCCCCACGGUAUACUUCCGCUCCCACCAAUGUUUCCGACACAAUCCCUGGUGAACGACGCCACUACCUUUAGGAUGCCCCACAUAGAAUCCGUUGGCCCACCACAACUCAAAAUCUACAAGUGCCGUCUUCCGUCCGCGUUGAUACCCUUGUUACAGCGUUUAAUUGCACAUUCCGAGGCCUUUUGUCGAACGCAGCCUCACGGGUGGCGGACCCAUCUCUACACCCUCACCAAGCAAGAUGUGGCUCUCUCAGCCGUCCCCGGGGGUUUAGACCUCGCAGCUCCCGUUACCGCCUGCAUUCUCGAGCACAUACGGGUUUUGUAUCACGUGCCGGCAAUCCGUAUGGAUCGCAACCAACCGCACGUCCUCAAAUACGUCUCCGGCGGUGAUGCCGCUUGCCGGGGGGUCGGACUCCACUACGAUCGAUGCGAUGUGACGGCCAACCUUUUGUUAGCGCACGCCUUUCGAGGAGGGGGUACCUUUUUCCCCGCCGCGUUGACAACGGUUCAUUUGCAACCCGGGGAAUUCCUGCUGCACCCGGGAUCACUGAUACAUCAGGGGCUGGACGUGACGGCCGGUACACGCUAUCUAAUGGUCAUGUUUUGUCACGUGGGCAAGGCACCGCCGCAGAGCAAUCGCAAGCCAAAAGCUGUCCAAACGUGA